AUGGAGAGCCAAGACCAACGUCCACCUGAGCAGGCUGUGGAGUCAUCGCCAGAUCACAGCCGUCCGCUCCGCACGAGAUCACACCCUCGCUUCUCACCGUACUCAUCGACGACGCGCCCGCUGUGGCGUGAAGAAGCACGUCGUGGACAGACCGUGAAGCUGCUGAUCUAUGAGUACGGUGCUGAUAUCGCGAGGGCCCAAGAUCUGGAAGACUUCAAGGCAGCUCACGUUGUCCCAGACACGGAUCGAGCGGGAGCACCGUCAGAGGGAUCGCUCGGAGAUGUGGCGCAGAGUCUGAAGGAAGCUUGGAGUACUACAUUCCAAGCGGAAGAUGUGGUGUGGCGUCUAUGGGGCAAUCAUGUCACGACGAACCUAGACCGCUCCACGUGGGAUGCGAUGAUUCAGCAGCCUCCUCCUCAACAACUGGUCCAUCUGUUCAGGCGUACACUUCACUGCGUUCACCGGUAUCGAGUUGUGGAGCGGGUCGACGUUCAUGUGAAAGUGGGCGAACUGGAUUAA